AUGAAGUCGAGUCCUAAUUCCCUUCUACCCUCCCCGACAUCACAUUCAUUACCAUCACCAUCCAAGACAUCUUUUACCGAUUCACGGCCGUUCUGGCUAACGCUGUACUUUUUCUUCAAUCUCGGCUUGACACUAUAUAACAAGGGUGUCCUUGUUCGUUUCCCCUUCCCUUACACUCUUACUGCCAUCCAUGCGCUUUUCGGAAGCUUGGGCGGUGCUGUAUUAGCGCGUUUCCAGGUCUUUGUACCGCCGAGAUUAAAGAAGAAUGAAACCACAGUUCUCCUAGCAUUCAGUGUUCUAUACGCGAUCAACAUUGUCGUCAGCAACGUAUCCUUGCAGCUUGUCACUGUUCCCUUCCAUCAAGUCAUUCGGUCGACCACACCAAUAUUCACAAUAAUAUUCUCUGCGCUUCUCCUUGGCAAGUCCAGCAGUCGCUGGAGAGUUAUCACUCUCAUUCCUGUCACUGUUGGUGUUGGCCUUGCAACAUAUGGUGACUACUACUUCACCCGCUGGGGACUCAUCCUCACAUUACUUGGAACCGUUCUUGCCGCCCUCAAAACUAUCUUUACCAACGUGCUCCAAUCUCCUGUGCCAUCGCUCACUGAUUCCACCCCAAAAUCGUUCCUAAGCCAAAUUUACCCAUUUUCUAUUCUCGCCCAAGCAAGGUUACACCUCAACUCCCUAGCACUGCUCUCCUUGCUAUCGCCACUCGCUUUUGUGCAGUGUGUGGUUUUGGCAUACUUGACUGGGGAAUUAGAUCGGGUGAGGCUGUACUCUCAGCAGGAAAUGACUGGGACGAGAUUGUUGGCACUGGCGUUGAACGGCUGCAUUGCAUUUGGGUUGAAUGUGGUCAGUUUCUCGGCGAACAAGAAGGUGGGAGCAUUGGGUAUCACAGUUGCUGCCAAUGUUAAGCAAGUCCUUACGAUAUUAUGCGCGGUGAUGAUGUUUCACCUCAACAUCACUACAUUGAAUUCACUGGGCAUACUCUUAACGCUCUUCGGCGGGGCGUGGUAUGCUCGGGUGGAAUACAUGGAAAAGCAAGAGCAACAACAGCAGAGAAAUCGUACGAUAUAG